UGCCAUAGACGAUGUCUUGUCUCACCUCACCUUCCUCUUGAUGCUCUUUAUCAUAUCCGUCAUUCUCAACUUCACCAAAUUCAAAUCCAAAACCAGUACCAAUAGCAAGUCAAUGAUGCUUCCUCCAGGGCCAGCUCCAUGGCCACUAGUCCGAAAUCUACCUCAUUUACUCAACAGGAAGCCUACUUUCCGUUGGAUACAUGGCUUUAUGAAAGAAAUGAACACUGAAAUCGAGUGUAUUCAGUUGGGUGAUGUUCAUGUCAUCCCGGUGACUUCCCCAGAGAUCAGCAGAGAAUUUUUGAAGAAACAUGACACAGUAUUGGCAUCCAGGCCCAUUACAAUGGUGACUGAGUAUUCAAGUGGUGGCUUCUUGACCACAGCGGUGGUGCCAUGGGGAGAGCAGUGGAAGAAGAUGAGAAGGGUUCUAGCUUCUAAAGUGAUUAAUCCAUCAACAUUUAGGUGGCUGCAUGACAAGAGGGUGGAAGAAGCCGACAAUCUUGUCCGAUACGUUUAUAACCAGUGUAAGAUCUCUACUAGCAAUAACUGUCUUGGCUCGGUUAUCAACGUCAGAAAUACAGUCCGUCAAUAUAGCGGAAAUGCCAUCAGGAAGAUGAUCCUCAACACAAGAUACUUUGGUGAAGGAAAGCAAGAUGGAGGCCCUGGAGUUGAAGAGGAACAACAUGUUGAGUCGCUCUUUACCGUACUUGCUCAUCUAUAUGCGUUCUCUUUAUCUGAUUACUUCCCUUGGUUUAGAGUACUGGACUUAGAUGGCCAUGAGAAGACUGUAAGGGAGGCUAUGAACACUAUUAACAAGUAUCAUGAUCCAAUCGUGGACCAAAGAGUAGAACAUUGGAGGAAUGGCGAAAAGGAGGCUGAGGACCUGCUUGACGUUUUCAUUUCAAUUAAGGAUUCAAAUGGGGAGCCACUGCUGUCUGUGGCUGAGAUCAAAGCCCAAUGCACAGAGUUGAUUCUUGCAGCAGUGGAUAAUCCAUCAAAUGCAAUUGAGUGGGCAAUGGCAGAAAUGAUCAAUCAACCAAGGGUUUUGGGUAAAGCAGUGGAAGAAAUAGAUAGAGUGGUUGGAAAGGAGAGACUGGUCCAGGAAUCCAACUUUCAGCAGCUAAACUAUGUUAAGGCCUGCAUAAAGGAAGCUUUCCGGCUUCACCCAAUUGCACCAUUUAAUCUUCCCCAUGUAUCCAAUGCCGAUGCCAUUGUUGCUAGCUACUUCAUCCCCAAAGGCAGUCAUGUCCUUCUCAGCCGUCUGGGGCUUGGCCGAAACCCUAGAAUCUGGGAAGAACCACUAAUAUUCAAUCCAGAGCGCCAUCUGAAUGCUAGUACAGCGCAAGGAGUGGAUUUGAACGAGCAAGACCUUCGCCUCAUUUCCUUCAGUACAGGAAGGCGUGGGUGCACAGGGAUUGCAUUCGGGUCUGCAAUGACUGUGAUGCUAUUGGUAAGGCUCCUUCAAGGCUUCACUUGGAGUCCGCCACCGGGCCAAAAGGAGGUUGAUCUCUCAGAGUCAAGAAAUGAUCUCUUUCUAGCAAAUCCUCUGCAUGCCCUAGCAAAACCACGUCUGCAUUCAUCAUUAUUGUAA